AUGGCAGCCUCUCCUCGAACAUUUGCCACGGACGUCGGCCAUAAAGUCGAAUAUAAGAUUCGCGACCUUGGCACGCGUUCGGUUACCCUAUUCCCUCUGCAAGCCCAGGUGACUCGGGACAUCAAAGAUGUCCCUCUCAAGCCUGGCAUCAACGAAAUAUCUAUCGUUGGCUUGACUCCAACCAUUGACAAGAACUCGAUCACUGUCGAAGGUAGUGGUUCUGCUACCAUCACUGGCAUCAGUGUCGAGUUUCUUCCUAACCAUGAACACUUUGACGAAAUUUACCCGGACUCAGACCAAGAUGAUUCUGACAGUGAGAAUGAAAAUGAAGAUGAGGACGAGGAUAGCGACGAGCUCCCCGGUGUACCUCGAGACCCAUCCUUAUAUGAAAUCAAGAAGAAGCUCACUGAGCUCAACGAUGAACAGCAGCAAGCUAGGGAAAUCGUCGGAAGUGCUGACUCUCGCAUCAUAAUUCUUGAUGCCUAUUCCAGGUCCAUGGAAAAGAAAGAAGGUAUCGACAUUAGCAAAGAGCUUGAGAUAUACCAGAAAGAGCACGUCAAAGCGUUUGAGCAGCGCCUUGUUGGUGUAAAGAGGGAGCGACAAAUCACAGAGGCCAUCAACAAAGCUCUCAAGGAACAAUCUCGCCUCACCAAGCUAUUGAAAAAGGCAAAAGCAAAAGAACAGAAGAACAAGGCCAAGGUUCAAAAGGCAAUCAACAAGAAACAGCAACAGCGCGAGAGGAGAGCGGAGGAGAAGCGCAAAGAGAAGCAACGCCUUCGCAACGAGCGUUCACGCUGCUGGCCCAAAUACUGCUACACGGUGCAGAUCCAGCUUGAGGUCAACUCAUCCUAUACGCCAGCUUCGUCCCGCCGUGGCUCUGUGUCCAGUGAGGUCGAGUUUGUCCAUCGACCCCGGAGCAAGACCGCAGACGUGGGGGAGACACUCUCAUGCGACCUUGUUUUGACUUAUGUCACGGAAGCAGCCUUCUGGAACCCCAGUUAUGACAUCCAACUUUCAACAGUCAAUUCCACGGGCACUCUCUGCUUUGACGCCGGUCUCCACAACACAACAUCUGAGACUUGGGAAAACUGCAAGAUCACUCUAUCUACCUCCCAAGCUACAUCCUCAAGUCUUGACGAUGCCAUUACCGCUCUUACUCCAUGGCACCUCAAGAUAGCCAGCAAGAGCGAGAAGGAUUCCGUGGCUAUUCGUGGUGAUGCUUUCGAAAGCAAGAAAGAACUCGAGCAGUCGGCCUCUUGGCGCAAUAGAUUGCCGGCGCCGCCACAGGCAACGUUCAGACGAAACAACUUUGGCACCGAUGGCGAGGCGCUGGGUGACUACCAGAUGCAGCUGAUGUUGCUGGAACAGCAGAAUAAGAAGAGGCUUAUGAUGGCUAGACAGGAGAACGAUAACCCUCAGGCGCCACAGCAAAUGAUGAUGCAACUGAGGCAGCAGCAGGUACAACAACAGCAGGCACAACAACAGCAGGCACAGCAACAGCAGCAGGGGCUACUACGGCAAAUGUGGCCGAAUCAGGUACAAAACACGUAUAACAACAUGUCGGCUCCGCCACCACAAGCUCAAGCACAGAUGCAGAUGCAGCAGCAAAACGACGUGCUACAGGAUUUUGACUUUGACGCGUUCCUGCACGGUGAGUUGGGUGACGACCCAAUGCCCGAUCCUCGGCCUGCGAUCGAGUUCCAGGAAUCUCUUAUCGAGGAGACUGGCUUCACAACAACCUUCGAUCUGCCCGGCCUCAAGACUCUGGUGCCCAAGUUCACCGUCUCUAAGCAGCGCGUUGCUCGCCUGCAGUUCACGAACGUCUUGUUCAGCCAUACCAUUGUGGCCAAGUAUCGGCCUGCGGCUUAUCUCAAGGCCAAGCUUAAGAACAACAGCAAACUUACUCUUCUUCGUGGGCCUGCGAGCUUGACGCUUGACGGCAGCUUCAUGGGGCAGGUCAAGGUACCUCGAUGUAGCUCAGGCGAGACCUUCUCCCUAGGUCUCGGUGUUGACUCGGCGAUCAAAGUCGUGUACCCCAAGCCUGACUUCCAACGAAGCACGAUCGGCAUGUUCACCAAGGAAGACAGCUCUAUCUACGUCCGUGCUAUCACAGUACAUAACACCCGCGUCACUGCCAAGAAGCCCAGCCACAUGCUUGUCCUGGAUCAGAUUCCUGUACCUGAGGAUGACCGUAUCCGAGUUGAUUUGCUGAAGCCUUGUGGUCUGGCAGUCGAUGGACCGCGCCAGCCGGCCGGAGUUCCUGGUCGCGAGACAGCAGAGGAUAAGGACUGGGGCAAAGCGACGGCGUCUCUUAAGAAGGACGGACAGGUCUCAUGGGAUGUUUCACUGAACCCAGGUAAGACAGUCAAGCUGGAUCUCGAGUAUUCGGUUUCGAUGCCUAGUGGUGAGGUUGCGAAGGAGUGUUGA